AUAGGCAGUGGCGGAGCUCAGCGCCGCUCCUGGUGCCUCUCAGUAGUCUGCCUGAUGAAGGACACCAUGUGGCUUCCCGUAGGUCUCGGCAUCCUUGUGCUUCUCUGUGGCUCCCCAGCGCUGGGGCAGAGGAACAAAAUCCCACCGAACCCCAUUGAGAAAAUACCAAGUCAGCCUAAUCUGGACCUGAAGAAGUUUGCAGGGAAGUGGUAUCUUUUGUCCGUUGCUUCGGAAUGCGAUUACCUUAAGUUGAACAACCACCGCUUGGAAGCCACCAUAAUGGAGGUGUCCCGUUCCACGAAGCCGCAGGAGCUGGAGAACCUCUUUGUCCGCACCUUCAGGAAGCUGGAUGGGAUCUGCUGGGAGAUUAAACAUCAGUAUCGAAAGAACAAAGUCCCCGGCAGGUUCACGUUGAAAGCUCGCGGACCGGAGAACCGAAUGGACGUUGUGGUUGGCGAGACGGAUUAUGAGAACUACGCCAUAAUGUAUUACCAGCGGCAGCGGAGGAUAACCAUCAAACUAUACGGACGCAGAACGACCAUUGGAGAUGAGAUUUAUCAAAAGCUUGAUGAGCGCGUCUCCAGCCAGGGCAUAGAUCUGCAAUAUAUCUACCCCUUCCCGGCAUAUGGAUUCUGCGAAAAGGCCGAUGAGUUCCACAUACUUGACGAGACUUCCAGAUGAGCCUCAAGAUCCGCCCUGAAGACGAGUCGAUAAAUCACAUCUUACUAAUCGUCAUGAAGCCAAGAGCGAGACUCCGAGGGCCCAACAGAAGCAGAGUUGUCCCCAGUAAGGGCCGGCAUCCUAAAUGGAAUCGGCCGCCAUUAAAGUGUUUGGUCUACCCGCGCCGCACGUGGAAACCAUACGUAGCUCUAGUUUAUUGUCACCAAAUGUAUGGAUCUUAAAGCACUUCCUUCUGCAGAGAAAGACGUAAAGUUACAUAAGCUGGCGGGAUCUCGGAGGUCUCUUCUUCAGAUGGUCACACAGGCUUAUGCGACGUUACGUCUUGUUUACCGCCUGCCUCUCCCGCUGCGAGCAGAAUAAAGGAACGGCAGGAAUGUGCGGGGGCUGGAGGGGCAUCAAGAGCCCCAAAAUGCCACCAGCCUGAUGUUAACACUUUGUAUGCCAGUGACCUGCUGAAUACUUAUCAGCGCAAGCAAAGAGUAUUAAGACCAAACUUAACCCAAUAUAGCCCGGUGCGCGCUUUCCCAAACUGCUGACGUUAAUAUUUUCUGUAGAGAAUUAAAAGAAAUCUGAAAUUCU